AAAUAGUUGAGGGAGUUUACCCUAAGAAGAGGAUGGAAUGUUCAUGGAAAGUUGGAAACAAACAGGAGUCCUAGCGCGCACUGGCAUAGCAGAAGAUUUAUUGUUAUUCCAGCAACAAAUUUGAACAGAAACCUCUAUCUCUCACUCUCGCUUGCUCUUUCAAUUCCAUUUUCAUAAUGAAAACCUAAUAUUCCUGUGGUUGUGGACGAGCCAAGGGUAACAACUUUUCGGCUUCUGCAGUGUUUACCGUUUCUCCUCCGUUUAAUUCCGCCCUCAUACUUUGAUCUUGAGCUUUGAUCCUCGUCAAAACUUGUGACCGUCGUUGUUACUAUUCUUCCAGCACAAGAUGUCUCGUCAAUCAGAACGAACCCGUGAGUCUGACUUCAAAUAUUAUGAACGCUUAUAUUAUGAAGACUUGAAAAAUGAUUACUUUAAAUUCAAAACCUCCAAGUCACUAUAUAUGUGUCCCUUCUGCGAGGACAAGCGGGAUUACUCCUUGAGCGAGCUUUUGAAACAUGCAUCACGAUUUGUCAGGGAUUCACAGGACGUGAGGAUGAAAGAUAUAGCAAAGCACUCUGCUCUUCAGUUAUACAUUGAAAAGUAUAUCUAUGUGAAUGUUGGAUCAGAGCCUGUUGCCAAAGAUCAAUUGCUUGUCUGGCCUUGUAUGGGUGUUGUUGCAAACAUUGCUACGGAAUUCAAAGAUGGAAGGUUUGUUGGAGAAAGUGGUACCAAACUGAAGGAUGAGUUUACCCUGAAAGGAUUUCAUCCCUUGAGAGUUCAUCCAUUGUGGAAUCGAAAUGGACAUUCAGGCUUUGCCAUUGUGGAGUUCAACAAGGAUUGGGAGGGUUUCACCAAUGCAAUGAACUUUGGAAGGAGCUUUGAAGUGCAACACUGUGGUAAGAAGGAUUAUUAUAGUUCCACACGCCGAGGGGAUAGACUGUAUGGAUGGGUGGCUCGUGAUGAUGACUACAACUCCAGAAGUAAAAUAGGAGAUCACCUUCGUAAAAAUGGGGAUUUGAAGACUGUUUCUGGAAAAGAAGCAGAGGACAGAAGGAAAACAUCACUGCUUGUCUCAGGUUUAGCUAAUACCUUGAAAACAAAGAAUAAGAAGUUGGAACAGGUAUGCAGCAAAUAUGAUGAUAUUAAUGUGUCCCUGAAAAGAGCGGUGGAUGAGAAAGAGGAGAUUAUUAAGUCAUUCAAUGAUGAAAUUGAAGAGAUGCAGCGAAGUGAACGUGCUCGAUUGGAGAAAGUUUUUAUGGAUCAUGAAAAAGCCAGAUUGCAUUUGCAAGCUCAGAGGAAGAAACUAGAGGAGCGAGAGAAUGGUCUUCACAAACGUCAAACCCAAAAUGAAAAGGAGAGAAAAAAAUUAUAUCUUCAAAAGAAAAAAAAUGAGAUGGCAAUAAUGGAGCAAAAAAAGGCUGAUGAGAAAGUGAUGCAUUUGGCAGAAGAACAGGAGAAAGAAAAGGAGAAACUGCAUAAAAAAAUUCAUGAACUACAAAGAAAACUUGAUUCCAAACAAGCAUUGGAAUUGGAAAUUGAACAAUUGAAAGGAGCUCUGCAAGUAAUGGAACACAUGAAGGGAGAUGAUGAGGAAGAGAAAAAGAAAAUGGAUGCAAUUAAAUUGGAUCUGCAGGAUAAGGAGGAGGAAUUGGAAGGAAUGGAAGAACUUAAUCAAACUCUCGUUGUCAAGGAGCGUAAAACCAAUGAUGAAUUGCAAGAUGCACGCAAGGCGUUAAUACACCGGCUCGGGAAGACCAAGACACGGGCUUUUAUUGGUGUGAAAAGAAUGGGGGAGCUUGAUGGAAUGCCCUUUGUGAAAGCAGCUAAGGGAAAAUUUUCUGAUGAUGAAGUGAAUGUGAAAGCCGUGGAGUUGUGCUCGCAGUGGGAGGAUUAUCUUAGAGAUCCAAGCUGGUUUCCAUUUAGAGUUUUAACAGAUAAAGAAGGGAAUGCCAAGGAAAUUUUAGAUGAAGAAGAUGAAAAACUGCGAACCUUAAAAGAUGAGUUUGGUGAUGAGGUCUUUGGAGCAGUUACUACAGCUCUGAUGGAGUUGAACGAGUACAACCCUAGUGGUAGAUACCCAUUACCGGAGCUCUGGAAUUUUAAGGAAGGAAGGAAGGCUUUGUUGAAAGAGGGUGUUUCGCAUUUAAUGAAGCAAUGGAAAUUGUCAAAGCGAAGGAAAACUUGAGGCUUCAUUUGGGUGGUUGGAAUUUGACUGAUCUCGAACUUAAAUUUUACGUUCUUGUUCUAACAAAAUUGGAUUUGGUUCAAAAUUAUAGUGCCAAAGGUUGGUUAUAGUUACAUAUAAUACUGAGUACGGGAGUAUUUCUCUCCAUUUUAGGUUUGUAGCUUUGCAAAAGCAAAUUGGUAACCAGAGUUAUGUGCUGUAUGCAGGAAUAGAAUAUAUUCUUUAACAUGACAGCUAUAUUCUUAGUAGUUGGAAAUGGGAUCGGAUCCAGUGCAAUUCCGCACGAACUGCAUCUUGCAUUUAGGCAAAAAUUUGACGAGAACUGCACUGAAUCCAGAUCCUUGGAAAUGUUACUUUGUUCAUU